CGUAGCGGGACCGACGGGCUGCGGCAAGACUCAGUGGGUCAGUAAAUUAAUUACAAAUCAUCAUCAUGUAUUUGUGGAGCCUCUUGAGAGAAUUCGGUGGUGUUAUGGUCAGUAUCAGGCUCACGAGGAACUGUCUUGCGAUCUACCUGAUGUUCAGUUUGUGGAGGGGCUGCCGGAGGAUUGGUAAAAGCACAUCGACCCGACGCACCGACAUCUAGUGGUGUUGGACGAUUUGAUGCAGGAAUGCGGUAAAGAUCCUCAAAUUACUAAACUAUUUACCCAGGAUCCCACCACCGCAACCUGUCUGUGAUUUACACCGUACAGAACUUGUUCCACGAGUCGAAAGAGAGCAGGGCCAUCAGUCUAAACUGUCACUACAUCGUCCUGUUCAAAAAUCCCAGAGACCGAUCCCAGAUUGUCAUUUGGCCAAGCAGAUGUACCCGGGGCAGACCCCUUUCAUGAUCGAGGCCUACGCCAAUGCCACCAGCCAGCCCUAUUCCUACCUGUUCAUCGACCUGAAAGCCCACUGCCCGAAAGAAUACAGACCGAGAGCCAACAUCUUACCGGAAGAAAUGGCAUUUGCAUCCGUCCCUAAAUAGGCCAGUUUUACGUCACCGGUCUCAUUCGUCAGCAUGGCGCGACGGUUGAGGGACAACGCUUACGCGCUGUGCGUUCUGAGCGGAGCUUCGCCCAAGAAACGAAAGGACAUUCUGAAGCAUGCCGACAAGGAAGUCGUCACCUGUUUGUGCGAAUGUGCGCUGAACGUUUUAAAAGCGCGCGUACCCCUCACGCCGAGUCAGAAGAAAAAACUGUCGCGACAUAAGACACAUCUGCGAGCUCUGACCGACAAGAUGUCUUCUUACGCCAAACGUAAACAACUGCUGGUUCAAAAGGGAGGAUUUCUGGACAUAUGCAGCAAGAAUAAACUACAGAGUCUGGAGCAGGUCAUGAAAGACAUUUUGGCCAGAACAGACCUUCCCGACGACGCUAAAUUGUCGCUGUACCAGCAAACGUUGCAACAGUAUCUUCGAUAUGAUCACGCCCGUGAAUCCAAACCCAUGUCUGUCACGAUGUCUACACCGGCGGAGGGAUUCGGCAGAGGGCUGGGGACCAAGAGCCAUCGGGCGGCACGACGGACGGAAACCCCGCGACACUGACCAAGGAGGACGACCUAACACCGUAAAUUUUCUCGAAUCUGCCUAAAACCUUACAGCGCAAAGCCAAACUGCUUAUGAACAGCCUAAAGCAUAAUGACGUCAUGACUUGGAACCUAAAGGGUGAACUGGUUUAUGAAAGAAAUGCUGUCAAGGGUUCCAAUAUUAUCAAUCUGGUGAAUGACGCUUUAAAGAGU